AUUGAAGAGCCAUCAUCCUCCCUCUUCUCUCCCCAGACAAGACUCGUAUCUGUAAACCCAAAACCCAAAAAACACCACUCACCUUCCUCCUCCUCCCACCUUAUUCUCACCUUCAGAGUGGCAUUUCUCUCCGAGACUUUAUUCUGUAACUUCAAGGCUGGCCUCAUCUGCAGCACAGAAACAUAUACUUAAACCGCAUCAUCUCUACACCGUAACUAAUCGAUAACCCGCUAUCGCUCUCGUCAUCUGUUCAUCGCCUUCUCGACUUUUGGAGAGAAACAACGACCCCGCCGCGCCCGCGCCUGCCCGCUGCCUUCCUGAUGGCGUAGGUCGUCUGGGCAUGGCAGAACGAACAUCGGCAGGUGAUAACGAAGUGCGACUUCCUUCUACCUCGACAACCUCAACUGCCAAUCUCUCUCCCGCUUCCGCCGCUUCAGCCCAUAGGUAGGGUCAACCCUUUUAUCCUUCCCCCGUCUGUUAUCCAUCUUCAUCCUUGACCUGUCACUCGACUGCACUGCACUGGCCUACGCCUGCUUCACUUCACAUCACAUCACUGCACUUCACUUUCUCAUUUAUUCACCUCGUAUCAUCUGCCUGCGUCUGCUUCUGCGUUUGCGUCUCCGUCUCGUCUGUUACUCACCCUGUCGCUCCGCUCUUUGCGUCGCUCAAACGGGACAGACACCCUCGUCAUCCCAGCACCGCCGCUGCUCGGCUCGUGGCUGCUCUGCUACGUUGCUGAUUCACGCACAUCGAGACAAUAAACCGCAAAAAGCAUUUCGCACUUCCCAAGAAACCUGCACGCACGCCUGUCUGUAGUCAACUGCUGUUUUGUCCACCAAGACUUUUUGAUGUUGGCCCGAAGACUAUCUUGCAGCUAGCUAUAGCUGUUUAAUAGCCUCCUGCAUUGACGAAGCUCUGUCAUCCUUGGCCACAAUCCAGGCUGUUGUAGAGCAAACACUGUCUUUGAAGCAUUUGGCUUUUUCAGCCACGGCUCGUGCUCGUGCUUCCUCUUUCUUCUUUUCCCUCCAUCUUCCGUGCAACAUCCGUCAACAUCAUCUCACUCAUCUUCCCCAUUAUUUGCCUUAACUCGCAGAUGUAUCGUCAAGCUCACGACAAUUAUGUCUUCUAGAAUCACCAGAUCUUCGGCUCGUCAAGCAGCGAGUCAGGUAGCCCAAACUAACAAUAUUGCUCCUGCCGCUGCUGACGUCCCGACCGUACCCUCCACUACUCCAUCCUCACGCAAGCGAAAAGGGCUCGCCGCCGAGAAGAGCCCCAACGACGCAUUACCACCCUCUGGGUCUUCAGGUCGACGGUCCAAGAGACAAAAGAUCCCCGAAGCCGUUCCACCUCCGAACGCCAACAAUAACAAUCACACCACAUCCAGAUCUCGGCGAAAGGGAAAGCCCGCUGUUGAUAUGGACAGCCCGGAUAACAACCACCCCGGAUCUGCGCAUCCUGCAGGGCCCUCCAUCCCCUCAGGUUCUUCUAGCAGAAAAUCGAGCCGUUCUAAGAAGGGCACGGGACCUCCAUCAGAUCCCACAUCUGGUACAACUCUGACCACCCGAAGAUCGAAACGGAACCUUGACAGCGCAGUUGAUCAAGAUACACCGAUGACGGGUACCGACGAGAACAAAGACCCAGGACCACCACCACCCCCUCCUCCUCCCAUCGAUCACCACGACGAUGACGAUAGCGAAGACAAUGACGAUGACGAAGAUGAAGAGGGAUCACGGAGGUACGACGACGACGAAGACGACGACGACGACGACGAUCCUUUUGGCGGAUUUGGUGGCCCUCCAGGCAGUUUAUCCAGCACGCUUAGAGCACUAACAGGGAUGAUGUCUGGCCUAACAUCUCGAUUCCGGGAAAUUCUUCACAAUCUGCGAGUUGAUGAUCUCUCAGUACAGCUAAUAGCUCUGCAAGAGCUAUCAGAAAUACUUCUAGUGUCCAACGAAGACAACCUCUCUGGCCACUUCUCGCCCGAUGCAUAUGUUAAGGAGCUGGUUUCCCUCAUGAACAAGGAAGAAAGCCCCGAGAUCAUGUUACUCGCGUGCCGUUGCUUGGCAAAUUUGAUGGAGGCUUUGCCUGCCAGUGUUGCGAACGUCGUCUAUGGAAGCGCCGUCCCUGUCCUGUGCCAAAAACUCCUCGAAAUUUCUUUUAUCGAUUUGGCAGAGCAGGCCUUGAGCACAUUGGAGAAGAUAUCAGUCGAAUAUCCUACCAGCAUUGUUCGUGAGGGUGGCCUCACUGCUUGUUUGUCUUAUCUCGACUUCUUUGCUACCGGCACGCAAAGAACUGCCGUUACUACCGCAGCAAACUGUUGCCGCAACAUCCCCGAAGACUCUUUCCCAGUAGUACGAGAUGUUAUGCCUACACUUCUUAACGUUCUCAAUAGCAGUGAUCAGCGGGUCGUGGAGCAGGCCUCGCUUUGCGUCUCCGGCAUCGUUGAGAGUUUUAAGUACCAUCCCUCCAAACUUGAGGAACUUGUUAGCGUCGACCUUCUUCGAGGCGUGCUGCGACUUCUUGUUCCCGGUACGACCAACAUGAUCGGCUCCAGUAUCCAUACACAAUUUCUCCGAGUUUUGGCCUUCACUGCGCGAGCUAGCCCUCGUCUUUCCGCGGAGCUCUUCAAGCUUAAUGUGGUAGAGACAUUGUAUCAAAUCCUGACCGGAGUUUCACCACCCAGCGGUACCGAAGAUGUUGCCUCCAAACUGGACAGUGUUGUAAUCAUGCAGGCUCUCAUCCAUCGACCACGAGAGCAGAUCAUUGAGACGCUCAAUGUUAUUUGCGAAUUACUACCUAACCUACCACGAAACGCAGAUCCCUCGUACGGUGAUUUUGUUGAACUUCAAGCCUCUGCAGAUCCUACAAACUCGGCAGCCAGUGGGGGAAGGAACCGCAGGUCUACAAACGAAAAGCGCAUUGAGUUUCUUGAAGAGUGCAAAGACGAAGUUCGCCGUUUUGCGCUCAUCAUCUUCCCUACUUUGACGGACGCGUUCUCCAGCACUGUCAACUUGAGCGUCCGCCAAAAGGUCCUCACAGCACAAUUGAAGAUGCUCUCGAAUCUUGAUGAGGACAUCUUAGUUGAGGCGCUUACUCCGGUACCUUAUGCCUCUUUCCUUGCUUCUAUUCUUUCGCAACAAGACCACACAUCUCUGGUUAUGCUUGGCCUUCAAGCGGCCGAGCUGUUACUAAGCCGACUCGACAAGAUCUACCGUUAUCAAUUCUAUCGCGAGGGAGUCUUCCUUGAGAUCACCAAGAUUGCUGAGGAGGAAGAGGCAGUUGAAGAGAAGCCAGGUAAGGGCGAAAAACAGGAGUCUCAGGGCGAACAAGCAACAGAACAAGACAAAGAACAGUCCUCGGACCAGGAAUCUGAGCAUGAGGAAGACGAAGAAGAUGAGGAGCGCGAGUCCUCUGAUGAUGAGGAGGACGAAGACGAAGAGCAUGAUAACGAGAAUGGCGAGGCGCAGAAUGAGGACAUGUCCCCUGUUAGCUCCCGGGGAUCCACCAUGUCUCUCGAGGUCCCUCUCCAUCGUCUUGUCUCCGACGUGCGAUCCAUGAAAUCUCGAACUCGAGACGUCGCCAAAAAGUUCUUAGAGACCCAUGAGACUGAAGGCCAUGGCCAGGCUAUGAAGCUCAAGGCAACAGCAAUCCUUGAUGCUCUUUCAGAGUUGGCUGGUGAGCUUGAGACUUUCUACCUCAAACCGAUGCCCGGCAACGUUGCGGCCGAUAAAGGAAAGGAACUGUUCACCAAGCUUGCAUCAUAUUUCGAUACCGACGUCUUGGAAAGUGUUACGAGCGCAGAACUUCUGGCAUCCGGUCUUGUUCGUGUGCUUCUAGAGGUUUUCAGCAAUCCUGACGAGGAACUGGCCCGUGCCGCUCAGUCAACGUUCCUGGAAGUCUUCAUGGCAUACACCGUCAAGUCGAAGCCAAAAACUGCAACUGCAGAAUCUCCGGCGACGCCUUUCAGCGUCAUGAUUCACAAGCUUCAGGACUUGCUCAGUAGGUCAGAGCAUUUUGAGGUUAUCACGGUGCAUCAUAACACAUUUGACGGCAACCACAGCAGUCCUGCCUCCAUGCUUGGGAAGCAGAUUCGACUUCGUCUUGUUGCCGAUGAUGAUUCCGAAAUACCUCGACCGUACCGUAAUAUAAUGGUGUCAAUUCAUGCCAUUGCGACUUUCAAAUCCCUUGAUGACUAUUUACGACCUAGGAUCAGUAUCAAUGAGCGAUCUCGUGGCUCCGCCCGCAGAGACGGAGUUGCUCGAGCACUUGCCGCUAUGGCAAACAGCGCGGGUCUUCCUCUGAGUAGCGCAGCAGCAGCCCGCCUAGCAGCAGCUGAACGAUCAGGCCCGUUUUCGAGCGGACCUCCGGUGCCGCCGCCGCCUGCUGCUACAACGCCAUCUGGCUCCCGAGCACUUCGCAAAUCAAAGUCACUGGCUGCCCCUGCUACACCAGAUCAAUCUGCUGGACCGUCUCGCGAUAAAGGGGCGCUUAGACGCUCCUCAAGACGGCAUGACGCCGCUAACACACCCCCGGCUCCUCGACCUCCGCCUGUUGAUGACGAGGAAAUGCAGGAUACACUAGAAUGCGCCGACGAGAAGCAGCUGACUGAUGACGAAGACGUCGGAGAAAGCAGUGCAUUGGAUGCCAUUGUUGGCGAGCUUGAAGAAGAUAUGGAAGAGGAAUCGACGCCUGAGGAUACUUCUGCUGUCAACAUGGAGGUCGCUACCGGUGGCCAUGUCACAGCACGCAAGGAAGAUGGCACUCGAAUCGCGACACCAACUGGAUCCGGUGCUCCUAGCCGUGCGGGUGGACCCUCGGUUGGCACCCAAGGCACACCUACUCCAGCAUCGUCAUCGUCGAGGCCGAUGUCUUAUGCGUCCGCUCUCCAGGCAGUGCCCCAAGAUUGGCACAUUGAGUUCAGUCUUGACAACAAGCUGAUCCCCAACGAGACUACCAUCUACCGCGCUGUCCAUACUUCAGCUUCUAACUCAGAUGAGCAUCUAAGCAGAAGUAUCUGGUCAACUGUGCACCCAAUCAAGUUCAAGCGUGUACCUGGACCACCUCCUGCGGAAUCUCUUUCAUUUUCUUCUAACACGGAAGCUGAUGGUGAAGAUGAGCAUGGAAUCCCCGCUUCGCUUGCCAAGAACCCAACGACGUCAUCAAUUCUACGCCUAUUGAACAUUCUUCACGACCUCAACUCGAACAUUGAGGAUGUUUUGAUUGAGAAAAAGAAUAGCGUUAUUGGUCUGAAUGUUGAGCCGUUGUCACAGUUCGUCAACACGAAACUCACAGCGAAGUUGAAUCGUCAGUUGGAAGAGCCCCUGAUUGUUGCCAGCAACUGUCUACCUAGUUGGGCGGAGGAUUUAGCUCGCCUUUAUCCCUUCCUCUUCCCAUUCGAGACUCGACAUCUAUUCCUCCAAUCUACAUCUUUCGGAUAUGCCCGAUCAAUGGCGAGGUGGCAGAAUACCCAGUCUGCGGAGGAUAACCGAAGAGAUCGAAAUAACGAACGGCCAUUCCUCGGUCGCCUUCAGCGACAAAAAGUUAGGAUCUCACGUCAGAAGAUCCUUGAAUCGGCCUUGAAAGUUAUGGAGCUAUAUGGUGCUUCACAAAGUAUCCUAGAAGUUGAGUAUUUCGAGGAAGUGGGCACUGGUCUUGGUCCUACUCUUGAGUUCUACUCAACUGUCUCGAAAGAGUUCUCAAAGAGGAAGCUCAAACUAUGGCGUGAGGUCGAUUCGAGCGGCUCUGAUGAGUUUGUGUCUGGAGCCACUGGACUCUUCCCCCGGCCGCAGAGUGAUGAAGAGGCUGGGACACCAAACGGAGAGCGGAUUCUGCAUCUUUUCAAGAUGCUUGGAAAGUUUGUUGCGCGGUCCAUGAUCGACUCCCGAAUCAUUGACCUUCACUUCAACCCCAUCUUCUUCCGCAUCGGGGAUGCAGUUUCGUCUGGAGUCAAACCAUCAUUGGGGGCUGUGAAAAUUGUCGAUCCUGGCCUUGCCCGUUCAUUGAAGGCCAUCAAGCAAUUUGCCUUGGCCAAGAAGGAAAUCGACGAGGACCCCAAUCGUACACCAGCACAAAAGGUUGCCGACACAGAAAACAUUACUAUUGAUGGCGUCAAGCUUGAUGACCUUUGUCUCGACUUCACUUUGCCUGGUUAUCCUAAUAUUCAGCUGGAGGAUAAUGGCUCUCAGAAACGAGUCACUAUUGACAAUGUGGACUCGUAUCUGGAGAAGGUCAUUGAUAUGACUCUUGGAUCUGGUGUUCGUCGCCAAGUCGAUGCCUUCCGUGCUGGGUUCUCACAGGUAUUCCCCUACUCUGCACUCAGUGCUUUCACGCCAGAUGAGUUGGUCACCUUGUUUGGCCGUGUAGACGAGGACUGGUCACUUGAGACUCUCCUUGACUCGAUCAAAGCCGAUCAUGGUUACAACAUGGAUAGCAAGACGGUCAAGAAUCUGCUCCAUACAAUGAGCGAAUUUGAUGCUUCGCAACGCCGUGACUUCUUACAAUUCACCACUGGAAGUCCAAAGCUCCCCAUUGGAGGAUUCAAGUCUCUGACACCUAUGUUUACUGUGGUCUGCAAACCCAGUGAGCACCCUUAUACCUCCGACGACUACCUUCCUAGUGUCAUGACGUGUGUCAACUACUUGAAGCUUCCAGACUACUCUACCAUUGAGAUCAUGAGGAAGCAGCUUUUUACAGCAGUCAAGGAAGGCCAGGGAGCGUUCCAUCUGUCGUAGAUUGGUUUAUUUUUCGAAGUACUGCACGAUACAAUGCCUAGGGCCUCUCAUGGCACCUGAGCAACAGAACAAUGACAACGAUAUGCUUUUCUUGGACGACUUGGCAGGAAAAGUUUUUAUAUUCGCUUGAUGCCUCUGAUGAAACAACACGCCCCCACGAUGGACCGGAAUGAUGGAAAUAGACAGGGCAUCUGACAUGGCGCCCACAUUAACACAAUAUUGCAUGGCUUGGAGGACGGCGCAGGACUUGUUUUUAUGAGAAUCACAGGAACGGCAUGGCAUAUUUUUGAAGCCUCUUCCAAGGAUCAACGAAGGAGAGGCAGGGCAAUGAUUAAGAUACCGCCUUUAGGCAAAGUAGUUAUAGAGAUGAAAUUGUGUGUUUGUCUAUUCCUAUCUCACUCCGCACUGGCUGCGUAAAUACUAUUCGUGUUUCGUGUUAUUGAUUGCGUUGAUUAUUGACAAGAGAAUAUAGUUAAGCUGAUGCUCCUAACUCCAAAGCUUACAGUUCAGCCAUCCAUACAUACAUGUCCAACAAGUGAAAGACGAGGCUAUCCUACGUUCUUCCCUCAUACGCAUCCUGCACUUGUCCUGGGACAAAAGAUACAAAAAAAACCCAGAAAUAAAUCAAAGAGUCAUGCCAAAAUUCUACAAUCGUUCAUCAUCAUCAUCAUCCGAGUCCCAGAUUGCAGGCGGAACCCUUGUGUCGUCACGUAUCAAGCUGUCCGGCAGCAUCUGGCUCUUUGUCAGCAGCUGCGACGAGCCUGGAUUGUAUCCCGACGGCAGACGCAGGGCGUCAUCGUCAUCAUCCUCGUCUAAGAGGCCCUCGGGAAGGCCGAUGCUGCUGGAAGAGUGUAGCGGUGGGCGGCGAAUAGAUGACGAGUGCUGCUCAGGGGUGGAAGACUGAGAGACGGUAGUUGCCUGAGAUGGGCGGACGGCAGGUCGUUUGGAAGUGCUACUCAGUGAAGGGCGGGUAGCGCGGUAGGAGGAUGCUGCAAAGGGGUUACGACGGGGAGGAGGUUUGAUAGUUGUGGGAGAAGAAGCGAUGUGAGUGGUUGGGGGAGUUGUAUUUUGAUUGUUGUUGUUGUUUUCCUCCUCGGGAGUCGAGGGAACGAGAAUAUCGUCCGAAGUUGGGAAUUGGGUUGAUUGAGCGAAGUCACUCUUGAGUUGAGCUUCAACUUGCUGUGACACGCUCAUGCUUGAUGAAGGAGCGGGCGUCUUGUCCGCUGGUAGAGGUUCUGAAGAGUUGGCAAAGAGAUCAACUCGUCCACUGUCAUCUUCGUCAACUGUAGCUUGAGUCUGUGUUGGUUCGUCUCCUGAUGUAUUCUCCUUGAAUAGAGCAUGUCGCAAGUUCCAGAGCAACUGACCUACGACAGCAGGUGGGAAAUAAACAUAGCGAGCAACAUCACCGUCGAUCCAGCCCUCUUCCCGCAUGUCAUCUCCCUCAACAGGGUUGUUCAACUCGUAGACUUGAGUAAGGUGAUAACGCCAGGCUGGGCCUUCCGUAACACGACCAGGGUCAGCGCAAGCCAUAAAUCGCAGUAGCUCCCCAUCGUAGAGCCAGAAGCGAACCACUUGUGCCGGUAUUUUGAAGUUGAGUAUGAGAUCAGCCUGGUAGCCUUCUAUCACAUCAUCAAUAAUAUCCUGGGGGAGCGACAGCAGCACGUCUGUACGAGCAGAUGCAGGAGGUAGUGCUUGAAGGGUUGCCAGAGGUACACGCUGAGAUUCUAAUGGCUGAGUUUGAGUUGGUGGAAGAGGACGGUGGAUGGGUUUGCGAACACGCUUUGCUGGUCGGGGGCGGCUCUUGGCCUGGGGAGUUGCUGAGAGGGGAGGGAGUGUAGGGGGGAGUGUAGUAGGUCGAGAACUCAGAGGUGGGAGUGAAGAGGUUGAUGUUGAUGCUUGGCCAUUUGAGCCAGACGAUUCCUCAGAUGAAAUGGUCGCAACGGCUUGUCGUUUAGUUUUAACGCUCGUCGUUUGCACAGAAGAGGAGGAUGCUCUCAUGACCUCUUCCCCAGAUGAAGCAAUCUCGCUCAUAACGAGUUGCGUUUCAGCACCGGCAACGAACGCGUUCUCAUCGUUCUCGUCACCAAAGUCUUCAUCCUCCUCAUCUUCAGAAUCAGGUAUCUCGAGCAUGACCUUCUUUCCACUGCCUGGUGAUACUCGCUUCAUCCUUGGCGUGGGGCUACCACUCCUUUGACUUCCACCGAGUUCACUACUCCUCCUCCUCCUUCUGGACUUGGUAGGCGUCUCCAACUCAUCCAUCACAGAAGACGAUGUUUCAAGCGGUUCAAUGACGCCUUUUGGAGUUCUUGGUGUCUUGUUUGGCGAAUCCACGGGCAGUUCCUUGAGAGGGGUACGGUUAGUAGACCCCCAACUGUCGGUGGCGUAAGAAUCCUGGAUGAUGCGCUCGUGUUUUCGAGGCGAUGAUGUUGUCUUAGGCCUUCCUCUUAGCUCCUUGAGCGGAGAUGGGUUCGCUGGCGAAGAUGUCUUUCCUUGGACAGGCGACGGAUUGGCACGGUCUGGUGGACCAUAGCGUUCCAACAUCAUGCUAGCGGGCGUUGACGAUAUGCUGGGCGGCGCAGACAACUGGCUCGAGGAAGGUAUUUCUGUUACUGGAACAUUGUUGUGCGGUGUCUGCUUCUGAGGUGUCUGUGGCACAACAGACUCUUCCCGCUGAGGAGUUGGCUCUUCUGGCCUGCGCUUCAAUAUCGAUUUUGGAGUUUUCUGAUUCUUGACAGGCGAAACGUUCUUCUGUUUUCGGGUCUUCCGUGGACUUGGACUAGCCGCAUUGCCCAACCAUUGUUGGAAGUCGUCAUCAUUAUCCUCAUCUUCAGAAUCCUUGAUAAACUCGGCGUGGGCUGGAUCGCGACCGAGGAAUUGGGUCAAGGUCUGUGUAUGGUAGGCCGAACUAGGUACAUCUUCCAUCGUCUUACGUCGGCUCGAUUUCUUUUCCUUUUUCGGUUUUGGAUGUUCCUCUGUAUCAUCGCCUAAUGUCCGUCUUCGCUUGGCUCGCUCAUUCUUGGUAGAGGUCCCUUUCGCUUUCGCUCGUCGUUUCCGCCCGCUCGAAACAGGUUCCUCGUCCUCUUCUUGGUCUUCUUGUUCCUUGUCCUUCCGGUUUUCAUCUUCUUCCUUAUCUGACUGCAUUUCAUCCUGUUCACUAUCACUUAGGACGAUCGGGUCCUCGUUCCCUUCGAAGCUCGAUACAAAGUCGAUUUGAGUUAAGGUUUGUUGUCGCAAAAGUCUCGAGGGUGUUUCUGCCUGCUUCUUCCGAUUCUGCUUUCCAUAUGUUCGAACAACCUUUCUACGCGCGGGGAACUGUGCUUGCUGUUGCACGGGCGUUGAAUGAUAGACACGACUUGGUGCGGGUUUACCGCCUGAGCGGGUCUUGGGCGUCAUGAUUGCGGUGUUAAAGUCGCUCGACAAAGUAAUACAAUAAUUUCAAGGCUUGAAUUCAAGUAAAGCAGCAUAUGAAAGUCGACAUAUUGUUCGUGGAGUAAAUGAACAUGAUAUAUUCAGGCAACUUCGAUGUAAUGUCG